AUGAAUUUCUCUCAAGUUUUUGACACGAAAAGUCUCGCAAACUGAAAAAUAAACAAAUGGUUUUUACUAGAACGAUUGUGGCACAGGUGCGAAGUGCAAAUUGUCAGAACCAAUCUGCCCAACGAGACACCCUCUGUAAGGUAAGAUGUUCUUCUUUGGCUCAGAUUGUCUUUCCACACUCUUGGUUUUAUCUGCCUUUACUUCAGCUGCUUAUGGGCACAACAAACCAACCUCGCCGACGCCUUGCCACAAUGUGUACAACUACAACACGUUUAAUGCGGGACCCAACAAGGAGAUGAAGAAACAACUGCUGGAGAUAAAGACACAACUGACUGACCUACAAAAGACAGUGAACGGUUUACGAGGAACUAAAUCUACUGGAAAAGUUUACAAGAACUGUGCUGAGCUGUACAAAGCCGGGGAAAGAAUCAGCGGUGUUUAUACAAUUCACCCUGAUGGCUCAGGCACCUUUGAUGUGUUCUGUGACCUAAAGACAGCCGGUGGGGGGUGGACAGUGUUCCAGAAGAGACAGGACGGUUCGGUUGACUUCUUCCGUGGCUGGUCCGACUACAAAAAUGGUUUUGGUAAUCUGAAUGGAGAGUUUUGGUUGGGACUGGACAAGAUAAACCGUCUAACCAACAGUGGGAAGUUUAAGCUUCGUGUGGAUCUGCAAGACACCAAAGGAAAGACAGCGUAUGCCUUGUACGAUUACUUUGCGGUUACCAGUGAGAGGGCUAAGUACCAGCUCAGUCUUGGAGCUUACUCGGGCACAGCGGGUGAUUCUCUUUCCUAUCAUCGUGGUUACCCUUUCACAACCAAAGAUCAGGAUAAUGACGCCCACAAGAGUGUUAACUGUGCUGCAGCCAAUAAAGGAGCUUGGUGGUAUAAUCAUUGUCGCUUCUCUAACUUGAAUGGUCAAUAUCAUCACGGAAAACACUCAAGUGCUGAUGGUGUAAACUGGUAUCACUGGAAGGGUAAUCGCUACUCCGUCAAGAGAGCGGAAAUGAAGAUUAGACCAGCAGGGUUCUAACAUCUUAGUGGAGAGAUUAAAUCCUAAAUUUUGUUUGGCCUAUUAAAGUGCAAGUUUUGCUUAA